CUCGCUCCGUCAAGCUGUCCUCAGACUACGUGUCAGAUGCACGAACCUACCCAGCAACGGGUGUCGUAAGUUUGCCCUUUUUCCAUGUUGCUAAGCAGCUGUCUUCUCCCGUACUCACCUCGUUCACAGCCCAUCCUUCCACGCCUCCCCGCUGGCCACCCCCAGCGCCCCAACCCAAAGACCGCCGGCAAUGCGUCCUCAACCUCCACAAUCAAUAUCUCCCUCAGGCCUAUGAAACCUACCGCCCCAACCCUCCCUCUCUCCGCCAUCGACCCAAGCAAAACCUCCAUGUACGAUCUCAAGCAACAAUACAGCACAUCGACGUCAAUCCCAGCGACCAAGAUCAAGAUCCUCUACAAAAAGAAACCCGUCGCCGAGUCUAAACUCGUCUCGGAAGUAAUCGGCACCGGCGCCGGCAGCGACGUCGAGUUCAGCGUCAUGGUCAUGGGCGGCGCAACAGCAGGGGCUUCGGCACCGAGCGGCGAGUCGCCUGUAGGCAGUCCCGCGGCUGCGGCGCCGAGUGAGAGUGAUAAGGGCUUGGCUGGGGCUGGGGAGGGAGCGAAUGUGGGUGCUGCGGGAGGGGCGGCGGCGGUGGGGCCUAGCGGGAAGGAGGUUGUUGCUACGGACGAGUUUUGGGGGGAUUUGAAGAACUUUGUACUGCAGAGGAUAAAGGAUGAGCACGAGGGGGAGAGGUUGGUGGGUGUGUUUAAAAAUGCUUGGGAGGCUGAUCGGUAAUUGUUGAGGGACGAGAACAUGGUAGCAGAGACUAGAUGGUUCAAUAAAUACAUCA